AUGCUUUAUGAACCUGAAAAACUUCCACCUACAGAAAAUAUAGCUGUUUGUCAAUUGCACUUACACACCUAUGUAGUAGGUCCAAUGGAUUUUUUUAUAGAUUUUGCAAGACGUGCAGCUCAUGCAUUAAAAAUGCCAUGCUCAGAAAACUUUGAACAUAAAACCCAUAAAAGAUUGUUAGAAAUAAAGGAUGCAAAUAAAGAUGCUAUGCCAAAACAAAUUGCUGAUAUUAAAUAUUUUCUUGAGAUUGCACGUAGAAAAGAUGCAAAAUCUGUUCGUAUUAAGAAAAAUGGUGUAUCAAAGGUAAAAUUUAAGCUUAGAUGUUCAAGAUAUUUGUACACUUUUGUAAUUGAAGAUGUAGAGAAAGCAGAAAAAUUACAAAAAUCUCUUCCACCUGCUGUUCGUAUUAAGAAAAAUGGUGUAUCAAAGGUAAAAUUUAAGCUUAGAUGUUCAAGAUAUUUGUACACUUUUGUAAUUGAAGAUGUAGAGAAAGCAGAAAAAUUACAAAAAUCUCUUCCACCUGGAUUGGUGGUCAGCGAUAUUAAUACAAGCAAGAAAAAGAAAAGAGAAUAA